ACCUUAAUAAUCGGUCAUCUCUUUCCCUAAUUAUAUCAGAAGUUUAGAACUAAUUUCCGAAACGCUUACCAUUAACAAAUCCACCGACGGAAUACCACGUACCAAUACACCACCUUAAUCGCCGAUCGCCGGUGGUUACUAUUACGUCAUGCAUCAUCAACAAAAAUCCGUCCACUUUGAACCGGGCCAUCACCGCCGGGUUCGAAGUGUGACGCCGCUGGCAAUCGCGCCGCCGUCACUCCCGCGCGUGUUCUCCCCGGUCGUGAGCCCCACGCAACGCCGGCGCGUGGCCAUAGCCGUCAAUCUCAGCGACGAGAGCGCCUUCGCCGUGAGAUGGGCCGUCCAGAAUUAUCUCCGGCCGGGCGACGGCGUGGUCCUGCUCCACGUCCAGCCCACCGCCGUGCUGUACGGCGCCGACUGGGGGAUCUCCCCGCCCGCCGACGAGAAAGACCUGCCGUCGCCGGCGGAAAAUUUCGCCGACGAUUUGACGAGCGUGAAAGCGGGGAAUCUGGCUGAGCCGCUGGUGAGGGCGAACGUGCCGUUUAAAAUCCACAUAGUGAAAGAUCACGAUCUGAAGGAGCGGCUUUGUUUGGAGGUUGAACGUCUAGGGCUGAGCGCUAUGAUAAUGGGGAGCCGAGGUUUCGGGAAGGGAAGCAAUAAUAAGGUGGAGAGGCUUGGGAGCGUGAGCGACUAUUGCGUCCACCAUUGCAUUUGCCCCGUGGUGGUUGUGAGAUAUCCCGGCGGAGACGGCGGCGGGAGAGUGGGGAAGAGGGCGGCGACGGACGUGGUGGAUCUCCACCCUGUUCCGGAGGAUAGUGAAUGCGAGUACCACGAUGCUGACGAUGAAGUGGAUGAUGAAUUUGAAGGUGUUUGAAUUGAUGAGCCAUGGUUUACAUGAGCUUCAUCCUGUUGUCCCAAACUCAAGGUGGUGUAUUGUGUUCAAAUAACUUCCGUCAUUAUAAAUGAAAAUUACAAUUUGUUGGUAUA